UGAAAAGUAGUCUAAACAAGCAUUCAUUCAUUUUUCCCAUAAACUUUCCCAGCCACAGAACAUGGCAGAAGUUUCAGUGGUAGCUGGAACUCCUACUUGGAUGCACAGCUGACGACCAUAUCAUAAUUACUCAUUGGAGGUUAAAGAAGACAAGUGCCCACUUUCGAUACUCCCUUCCUUCUCUUCGUCCAUCUUUACUCCAAUACAUUUCAUGGACUUGCCUAAAUUUCUUGCCACUGUGUUACUGAUCUGUCUUCUCACCUAUGAAUCCUAUGUGGACGCAGCAUCGGAGGAACAAGAUUUUCUAAGAACUUGUUCGUCUCAUCGCUGCAGCAAACAUGGACCCGAGAUCCGGUUCCCGUUCCGGCUUUCGAUCGACCCACCAUCGUGUGGCGCACCAGGCAUGCAGCUGUCAUGCUCCGGGCAUGACACCAUCCUGGAUCACCAUGUUCUUGGGUCUUGCAGAGUGACCGCGAUCUAUUACAGGCACCGUGUCAUCAACGUCAUCCCGCUUGUGGAAUCAUCGAUGGAAUGCCCACUUCAGAAGCUCAUCUCAACAAAUUUAGAAACUGAUGUGUACAAACAACCUCAAUCAUCACAAGUUACGACCCUGGUACGUUGUUCAACUGAUUUCAUACCAGCGGAUCCAUACAGUAUAGCUGGCCCAGCUUCUUGUCUCAGUAACAACGCUACCCAAUUCUGGUAUUUGGCAUCAUUUUCUGCAUCCAUUACUGAUCUCCCAUGGAACUGUGUGGCCAUUAGUAAAGUCAUCCCAAUACCCUUCACCUAUGAUGAACAUGGCCCUAACUCAGACCCGGACACCUUCAAAGAAAAAGCAAAGGCAGUCGUCAACUUUGGUGAGACAACCUUCACUUGGCACCUCACUACCAUUACCGAUGCCUGCCAACAGUGUGAACAUGAAGGUCGACGCUGUGGAUUUAGCACACAAAGGCGUCAAGCAUUCUGCCAGCAACAUG